AUGUCGUUCACCUUCAAAUGGCCCCGCUUCUCCGACCAGUUUCACGCAGAUGCCAUCCAGAUGCUCGACGCCGCCCUUAACAAGGGGAACAAGCCGCCCGUCAUAGCGGACAAGAUCGAGGUCGUCGAGCUCGAGAUGGGCACUCAGCCCCCGGAGCUGGAGAUUCGGGACGUCGGCGAGCUUACCAUGGACCAGUUUCGCGGGAUCUUUCGUCUGACUUACGCCGGGGACGCCCACAUUGUUUUGCGGACCAAGGCGAACCCUCUGAAUCACAAACAACCUGAUAUCGAUCUCAUGGCCGGCUCCACAGGUAUGCUCGCAGCGAAAAACCCCCUCGUCGUGCCCAUGCUCCUCCGGCUCUCGCACUUCAAGCUCAACUCAUACGUCGUCCUAGUGGUCUCGCGACAGAAGGGCAUCACUCUCGUCUUCAAGACGGACCCCCUGCAGAACGUGGACAUUAAUAGCACAUUCGACUCCAUUGCGGUGAUUCAAAAAUUUAUCCAGCGGGAGAUCGAGGACCAGUUGCGGCAAAUGUUCAGGGAGGACUUACCUGGAAUCAUACAUCGGUUGAGCCAACAGUGGGUGAAAGCUAAAGUCGAGGCGCCGUAUCUCAAGCCCGCCAGUGCACCACCACAGUGGUCGCGUGAGAUGGCGUACAAACCGGACUUUUCGCUGUACCGCCCACUACGUAUGUCCUCGAUAGGGCUGCAGUCCCCAGGACUGCGGUCCCCUUUCUUGCGCGGUGUUGCUGGUUUUGACCCCCCGCGUUCCGCAUCCGUGUAUUCGUCUUCAAGCGCAGGCCGUAGUCGCAGACCCGCACCCUCUUCCGCAUCCCCGCCAACUUCUGUCUCGGUCACUCCGAUAUCAGCACCAGUACUAGGACCGCCCGCAGCGGAGGACCCCACCUCGUUCCCUGAAAUCGAGCACUUUGACCCUACAUACGGCCUGCGGCCAGAGGGCCUCCCUGCGAAGAGCAUGUUCGGCGGCUUCAGAAGCCUCUUCGCUGCUCAGAGAAAGGGCCUGGCCGACUUGGCGGAGGAGCCGAGUGACAUCGAUGACACGAUGGACUCAUCGAGCUCGUUCGGUGUCGCAAACUGGGAGGACCUUCUCUCAGAUUACAACCAUCCGUCCGAAGUCGGUGAUGUCACUGAGUACGAAAGCGUGCCCGCUGUGGGUGGGGGCACCAUCACGCGGCCGCGUGUCAUUCACUCGCAGUCACAGAUACAUCCUCCAGACGAGGCCGCAAGUGCGGCUGGGACGCCCGGCCCUGCACGCAGACCCUUACCUUCCCGCUCGAGCAUCUCAGCUCCCGUGCUAUGUCGGCCUUCGCUAUCACUACCCCUCCCUUCCUCCUCCAGGUCUGACGCUAAUUACAAUCCAUACUUCGCCGGUGCGACUCCCUUAUAUGAUGGCUCAGCUCUUCGUUCCGAACUGGCCAAUGAAGCUGGUUGGGCUGAGAACCCUGGCGAAAGUAGCCGUUCAGCCUCCAUGCCACCCGUACCUCCACUUGAGCACUAUCUACCGCGCCGCCCAGGAAGCUCAUCCAGCUUGCAAACACAACCUUCCAGCGAUAUGACCCACUCCAUACCUACCCCUCCAGAGGAAGACGAGACAGGCGUCCACAUACGCCGCCCGCGCCGCCUCUCACUCACCUCGCUGAAUAUGGAUAGGUUCGGCUCCCCACCGGACCCACACAUGCUGGAACAAGACCCUAAAAUAGUUCUGCGACCCACACUCAAUAAUUCCGUGUCCAAGCUAUCUACGCUUACCCACUCGAACCACACCCUAUCGCCCUACACGCGCACACUCGAGCACUUUACUGUGCGUAGCGUCCCACCCCGGGAGCAAACCUCAUCCGGGCCCGUCUCUAGCGUGGAGAAGCCGCCGGUAAAAGCAAAGCGGAAGAGGACGCACCGGCUCGGCGGCAAGCUCGCGAAGCCGCCAGAAGACGUUCCAGUCACCACUUCUCCACCUCAGCCCCCAACCCCGGGCGUCUUGUCCGAUUUCGACGCCUCAGAGAUGGACCGCUACUUCCGUUCUCGUGACGACCUGAUACCCCGCUUCCCGACAGAUCAACCCCCAUCGCCAUCUCACGGCCGUCGACGGCUGCCAUAUCAGACCUAG